AUGGCAGCCUUUUCAUCAUUGCUCGACUCAUCAGUGUUCCUACUGCCAAAUAACAAUAACCUUGACGAGCCAAACAACCCCCAAUUGUCCCCAAUUCCCCAUUUUUACCAAAUUCAGAAUAAAAACCCCCAAAAUCAUGAUACUAAAUGCGAAAACCCCUUCACUAAUAACAACAAGAAGAGGAAGUCCAAGGAGGGCUCUUCUGCAAAUUCUGCUCAACCCAAGGUGAAGAGGGAAAUGAAAAUAAAGAAAGUGAAAAGUGCAAAUGAAGAAAAGAAAAAGGGCAUAGAAGAAAAGGAAGCUCCAAUAGGAUAUAUCCAUGUGAGGGCCAGAAGGGGCCAGGCCACAGAUAGCCAUAGCCUUGCUGAAAGGGUGAGGAGGGAGAAAAUAAGUGAAAGAAUGAAGCUGCUACAGGCUAUUGUUCCUGGUUGCGACAAGGUUACUGGAAAGGCCCUUAUGUUGGAUGAGAUAAUCAACUAUGUCCAGUCCCUUCAAAAUCAAGUGGAGUUUCUGUCAAUGAAACUUGCAUCUGUGAAUCCCAUGUAUUAUGACUUUGGCAUGGACUUGGACUCAUUCAUGGUGAGGCCUGAUCAGGAAUUGAACAACUUGGACUCACAAUUGCCAAACAUGCAGCCACGUGGCCCCACAACAACCAAUACCUAUCCUCUCCUCGACAAUUCUGUUAAUUCUUUUAUGUUCCAACAAGCCCAAAUUCAAAAUAUUCUCCCUCAGGGGGGGCCCAAUGCCCCCCCUGGGUCGGGUACAGCUCGGUCCCUGCAUUGA